AUGAAGUACAACAUGCACCACUCUCUGUUUGUUGUAUUGCCUAUCUUGUUGCUUGGCUGCAUCAGUGGGUAUGCUCAAGGCGAACCUGAGCAAUUAAGGGCCACCAUUCUAUUUGCCGAAAAACAGGUAACGUCAGCUCCAUCGACAAGAAACCGAUUCCAUUCGAGGUUUUUGUCGUAUUGGACUCCUCCGACGCCAGAAACCCCACCCCGUAAAUUUUACACACCCUAUCUUAUGCAAGUGAAUGGGGAAUUGGUGGCAAUGGCCAGUGCUACUGUACAACCCGGUUUAUCAAAUAAUCAGUAUGAGAUUGUUGACUUUCAGAGACGAAAGAGCAGUGAUAAUGGAACCAAAUGGAAUGAAGAGUAUGAAAGAAUUGAACCUCUUCAUUUCAACCGAUACAGUAAAGAUUUUGUUUCUUCACCGGAUAUGAAAGACUAUUAUCCUGCGUUUGUUCUUGUGGAAAGCAAUAAUACUCCAACCGUGAAGGAUUCUCCAUAUAUUCUCUCUACGACCUCGGAGAAAAAGGAUUCUAUUCUACGCAUUAUGGAGGUGAAACCUGAAAAAAGCAGUAGUAAAGGGUAUACUAUGGGAUUUGCGUCUGUACUUGCUUCAUUUCCUUUUCAGCAGAACCACGAGGACUUUAUACAAUUUGUUGGUAACACAAGUUCACCAAUUUUAAAAAUGAACAGCACUACACUUGUGUUUCCAGUUCAACUGCUUUCAAGAUACAACCGGACUGCCGCAGGAGUUAUGUAUUUUAAACCCGAUGAAAGAGUUUGGAAGCUUGAUGGAGUCGUGUCUGAAAGGAGUAUUUAUAAUCCUGCUGUUGUUGAGUGGGAAAAUGGUAAGUUAAUGAUGAUUGCUCAGCAUGACAGCGGUUAUUACAGAGUGUACGAGUCCACCAAUUUGGGAAAGAAUUGGAAAGAGUCUACCAGUACACUCUCUCGUGUGUGGACCAACUCCCCUAUACCACCUGGUCGUGGAAGUCAAAACAACUUUAUUACGGCAACAAUUGAUAAUAAGAGUGUCAUUCUCUUUACGCAGUCUGUGGAAACUGAAGCGGGCAACGAACUUCAUCUGUGGCUCACUGAUAACACACACAUUUAUCAUGUUGGUUUGAUAUCUAAAGCUCAGAAAGAGACAACCAGCACUUUAUUGUUCAAGGAUGACAAACUGUACUGUCUGUAUGAGAGUCAUAAAGAGGAAGAUAACCACAAGGUUCUUUUUGUGAAUUUGACGGUCGCUAUGAAAAAGAUAAAGAUUGUUUUAUCUACCUGGACCAACCAGGACACCCUCGUGUCGAAAUGUCACUGCCAUAAGGAUGAAAAAACUUGUGCUACUUGUGACUCUCGUAUUCCAACUACUGGAUUGGUGGGCUAUUUGUCUGGAAACAUCGAUGGUGAUAAAUGGAAGGAUGAAUACCUCUGCGUGGAUGCAACUGUAAAGGGGGCCAUUCCAAGAAAUGGAUUCAAAGGUUUAAUCUUCAAAGGUGCCGAUGCAGGAGCAAUAUGGCCUGUGAGCACAAAUAGAGCAGCAAGACAGUAUCACUUUACAAACUAUGCAUUUACUCUUGUGGCGACGGUAACUAUCCACGAGUUCCCCACCGAAAGUCGACCUUUGUUGGGUGUGAGGCUGAAUAAAUCCAAAAAAGAAAUUCUUUUGGGAGUGUCGUACAAUAAAAACAAAACGUGGAGCACUAUAAGCAAGAGUUUUGUCAAGGCUUUAACAAGUAAAUGGAAAGAAAACGAAACAUAUUCAGUUGUAUUGACAUUUGAUGGAGGAAAAGGCUCUGUGUAUAUUGACGGUAUUCUUAUAGACGAGAGAGCUGACUUAAAAAUCGCAGAGAAGGAAGAAAUAUCCCAUUUUUACUUUGGUGAGUACAGAGAGACUGUCGACGGCACUCACAUGACAGUAACAGACGUCAUGCUAUACAACCGUGUGCUGAAAAAUAUUGAGAUUGAUGCGCUGUUCGGGAACAAGGUAAACACUUCGUUACCACAAUCCGUUACGAAGACUAUGGCCGAGGAGUUAUUCAAACAGAGCAAUAAUGAUACUCAUACCAUGGUAAGGGAAGUAAAAAUACAACAUCAAAACACAACUUCACAAAACAAUGACACUUCAAUCCGAACGGAAGCUACUGUUGAUCUUCCUGCGGCUCUCUCUGAAUCUGCGGCUGAAUCUGCGCCUCAACAAGAAAGUCAGUCGCCAGUUACUGAGACUUAUGAAACUCAAGAGAAUCAACAGCAUGAACAAAAUGCAACAGAAAAGAGAACUUUUUCAUCAACUCCGGUGCCGGUUUCCAGUACGAACACAACGCAAGACCUUUUGCAGAAGACAAAUCAUUUAAUGAUCAACAAUACUGUUAAUGCCCACAAAAAUAAAACUAUUGAUGGUACUGUUCGUAUCUAUGAAUCUGUAUUACCAAUGCUUGUUUUGGGAUUGUGGGCUCUUGCAACAGUUUUCCCAUAA